GGAAGUGUGAUGCUUAGCGGACACCGGCGCCCGGAAGGUCAGCGUGUGAAGGAGUCGGUAGUAACGCGGCAUUCCCCGCGGUUACUGAGGCGCGACGGCCAAGCGGACGACCGCGGCCUGAGGCAGUGGCGAGGGGCCGACGGGCAGUUUGCUGCGAGCCAUGGACGGCGGCGGAGGGAGCGGCAACAAAACCACCGGGGGGUUGGCCGGCUUUUUUGGCGCCGGCGGAGCUGGUUACUCGCACGCGGAUUUGGCCGGCGUCCCGCUGACUGGUAUGAAUCCUCUGUCUCCUUACUUAAAUGUGGACCCACGGUAUCUUGUGCAGGAUACAGAUGAGUUUAUUUUACCAACUGGAGCUAAUAAAACCCGGGGCAGAUUUGAACUGGCCUUCUUUACCAUUGGAGGAUGUUGUAUGACAGGGGCUGCAUUUGGGGCAAUGAACGGUCUACGGCUAGGAUUGAAAGAAACCCAGAACAUGGCCUGGUCCAAACCAAGAAACGUACAGAUUUUGAACAUGGUGACUAGGCAAGGGGCACUUUGGGCUAAUACUCUAGGUUCUCUAGCUUUGCUUUAUAGUGCAUUUGGUGUCAUCAUUGAGAAGACACGAGGUGCAGAAGAUGACCUCAAUACAAUAGCAGCUGGAACUAUGACGGGCAUGUUGUAUAAAUGUACAGUGCCUAUGCCCAGGAGGCUUAUUUGAUCACUGAAAACUAGUGUGAAAAUCCUUCCGAAAGGGCCAAGUAGAAAUGAUGUUGAUACUCAAAGCAAAGGGCCAACUGGCAGAAACAGUUUGCAGCCAUUUCCAAGCCCGCAGGUAAACUUCAGAGCUCUGUGGAUCUGUAAUCUACUAAACUAAAGGUCCAGGGGAGUCAGUCUGAAUGUUUGAUCCCAGGAAAUAGUUUCUGAAGAAAUUACUGUGCUUUUAAUUACCUGCCUUCCAUCGUUUUCCUAAUGAACAGCAGUGAUGCUACCUUAGCUUUUGCUUUGUGUUGACUCAGAAUGGGUUAGAGCAUUACAUUUUUGUUACCUGCUUGAGAGAACCCUCAUUACACUCAAAGUUUAGGUUUAAUAACUGAGCCAUAGUGAUGUUCUUGGAGAUAGCUUAGCUUUUAAAUUCCUGUACUUUGUAGGUUUUUUUCCAUUUUAGGAAAUUGGCCUAAUUUACUUUCAGCCCAUAGAACUUUUUAUUGACUUACUGAUCAAAGAUAUGAAGUAGGUCCUUACUAAACUGAGAUUGUUUUAAAUUAGAUCAGAUUGUACAUUACUUUUAUAUUUCAGCCAUGUUAAUGCAGUUGCAAAUUCAACUGCAAUAUCUAGUCUAACUAUAGCAAGCUGAUAUAAAGAGAUCUGGACUUCAGGAGAUACCUCCUAUUUUUGUUAUGUUUUGGAUUCUCCCCUCCCCGUAUUUGACAUCUAUUUAUAGGUGGUAUAUGCAGUUUGGGUCUGUUUAAGAGAGAUAAUUAGGGCGUUUAAUAGUGGAAACCUAAGCAGGUCAGCUAUCAGAACUCUUCAGACUAGAGAGGCUUCUGGAAGGAGUGGCCAUUUAAUCUAUCAGCUGAAGCCAUCUGGCAGGACAUUCAUUGCAGAAAUGGUUGAAGUGAACUUGGCAACAUCACUGAAUUUCACAGAAUUUACUCUCAUACCUCCAGUAAGGUAAUCACUGGACCACAGCUCCAUUCCCUUUGCUUUUCUGACACAACUGGAAAAAAAUACUCCGUAGGUAUGAUAUAUUAGCUGCCUAAAGUUUAUGGUCCCUACUUGUUUAUGAAACUAUAAGAGAACAUCAGGUACUUCUUAAGUUUCUUAACUUUGUCUAAGUAGACCUGGCUUUUUUCAGAUUACUGGUAGAAACAUUUUUGUUUCUGCAUUUCAAACAAAAUAAUCUAUUGUUAAUCAUUUUCAACAUGAAAAAUAUUUUAAGCAAAAAUAAUUCAGUCUAAUCCUUGAAUGUUUUCAACUAGCGUGAUGCUGAGCCUUAUUGCUCAGUAGUCGUCGAUUGUCUGACACAUCAGUGUAGGAAUGGGUGGGGGUGGGAAUGGGGGGCGGGGAGUGGUGCUUCAUCAGCACCUAACUCAAAGCUUCAUUGUAGCCAUCUUAUCACCAGUACUUAAAUCAUCAGUAUUUUGAGAACCUGUGCCGAGUCCAAAGGCUCUGUUUCCAAAGAGAGUGUCGCCUUGUGUUUAUUAUAGCCUGAAGUCAUUGAAGUCUGUAAACUGUACAACUAGCAGGAAAUACUUAUCUGGCUGAGACUUCAGUGAUAAUAAGCAUAAGAUCUUUUCUAAAAGUAUUAUAAAAACAAGUCAGAUUGAGAAAAGUCAAAAAAUUAAGGCUGAUUAUCUUAGGUAAAAAUUGUGACACUAAAAGAUUUUAAAUAUGAAAUAUAGUAUGUCUAUUAAACAGGUCAUUUAGGGGGCAUUUAUCUCCUGAUUGGUUUCUCAUAUUACUUUUAAAACUUCCACUCUCCUGUUUGGGAUGGAGUAUCUAUAAACAUGAGUGGUCUGUCU